UCUCGCAACGCACUUCACCCAAUUCUCUACUCCAACUCCACGCGACAAUUUGGUUGAUAUUUUCUCGCGGUUACGAAGUCGUAUUGAGGUUAAGAACUGUCAAUCACGUGUAUACAUCAAAUAGCAUCGAGUAGCGAUAAAAUAUAAAAAUGCCAGGCAGGAGUACGCAGAGACUAACAUCCUUCCGAAACCCACGAGAUCUGUCAUUAAGUGGAAGUGAAAAGCCCAAAAAAAUAUAUAUACCAAAUGUUAAUGUGCAGAGGAACAAGAAAAAAGACGAAGCGACAACAGUUAAGGUUGAGCCUACAAAACCAAAUGACAUAGAUCGCGGAAGAGGACGAGGACGAGGAAGAGGAGAUAGCAGGCAUGGAAGAAAUAAAACAAAUAUAAUACAAUCUGCUGGUGUAUGGUCAGAAGGAAUAGCCAAAACAGCACCUACUGUUAGUGGAAGAUCCUAUGAUUCCAGCAGUAGUAGAAGUACUGAAAAGUAUCUAGAAAAAUCAAAGCUAGAUACGAAUAAAUUUAUCACUAACACAGAAGAAGAAGAAAAAUUGAAAAAGCUAUUAAAUAAUGAUCUUGAUGAUGAUGCAAAUCCUGAUGAUAAGUUGGAUCCUAUUUCACUGCCAAGGAUUAUAAAAGAAUUUUGUGUCGAAGAAAUUGACGAGAAACCAAUCAUCUCAGAAAAUGGUGAAGUUAUAAAUAUAAAGAAAGAAGUUUUAAGCGAGCAAAAUAAAGAGAAAGUUACCAUUCCUCAAAUAAUUGAAAACAAGACUAAUCCUUACGUAUUAAUGCAGUUUCCAGAAUGUUGGCAAAAUGUAGAAUCUAAUGAAGGAUCAAAGUCCAAAGGAUCAGAUGACUCUAAUACUUAUAAUGAAAAUGACAAUAAAGCAAAAAGUGAGUCUCAUGGUUUGAAUAGCUUAAACAGCGGUCUAUUAGGCAAACUCGAAAUUUUAAAGUCGGGUAAAACGAGAUUAUGUAUUGGCGAAAAGUAUUUUUUCAUUGAUAUUAAUGUACAGAAAGAUUUCCAACAGGAACUUUUAGUUGCAAAAGUUGAUACUGUAUCAUUAACCGGUGAUCUCAUCAAUCUAGGUCCAGUGAAUAACUAUUUAAAUUGUUUGUCAGACAUAGAAUCUCUGUUGAAAUAUUUAUAAAUCUACUUAUAUAAAUGUAAUCUUUAAUAAAUAGUUUAUAUAAAAGAAGGAUAUCAAGAGCUGGAAGAGAUUUGUGAGCAAUAUGCAGAUUAUUUGUGAGUUAUUUUGUAUUUUCUUUUCCAGUGUACUAAAGAAUAUGUAAGUUAUUAAAUAAAAUACAUUGCAUUCUGUAAA